CCGACCCGCGCAAUCCCUCCAAUAGGCGCACCUGAAUUUUUCCCCGGCUCACAAAUUGGGUAACGGUUUUGGGCGCAUAGUGAGGAUGUGUUAAGGGCGCAAGAAUACCUGUCUUAGAAUAUUCGCAGACAUCUCCCCCAUAACUAUAUGCACACAUCUCCCCGACGAGGUAUGCCGUCCCCAUUAUAUGGGACCAGGCCAUAUUACCAUGAUGCAAACCGUGCAUAUUUUAGAUCCGAUUUUGCCAAACAGUCCGGGCAUGGCGGAUCAGGGUUCAAUUCUUUGUAAAAGCUCAAGCUUGAUCUCUCAUAAAGUCAUUGCCGAUUGUCAUGAGGAGUCUACAGUUGUAGAAAGCAGAUUGUCUCUCAGCUCUGAUCGGCCGAUAGCUGUCAGUGGCCAUGAAAACUACAUCCUUCUCGACGACGGCCGCCAUAUACUGGAUGCUUGUGGCGGCGCUGGCGUAGCUUGCAUCGGCCAUGGGAACAAGGAAGUGAUCGAGGCAAUGGUCGCCCAGGCCAUGAAUAUCUCGUAUGUGCCCUGGGGCUUCUUCGAGAACAGUGCCAAGUUGGCCCUGUCGGAAUGGUUUUCUUCCACCUCGGGCGGUCACUUCAACAAGGUUUACAUAACCUGUUCUGGCUCCGAGGCUAUCGAGGGAGCGAUGAAACUCGCCCGCGAAUAUUUUGUCUGGAAGGGCGAAAUGGAGCGUGUCAAGUUUAUAUCGCGAGACGAGUCGUAUCAUGGCAUUACCUUGGGCUCACUGAGUCUUGGAGGCCAUAUGAGCCGACGGGCACCCUUUGAGGAGUUGCUGCUCUCCAAUGUACAUCGCAUACCAGCUUGUAAUGCUUACCGCCAGAGGCUCGACGGCGAACCAGAUACCUUAUACGUUGCACGAAAAGCCCAGGAGUUGGAAGAUAUGUUCCGGCGGCUGGAACCAGGUACUGUGAUAGCCUUCAUCGCGGAGCCCGUUGUUGGUGCCGCUUCUGGCUGCAUACCAGCAGUCCCGGGAUACUUCCAGGCUAUGAAGUCGGUCUGUGACAGAUAUGGAGCUCUGUUCAUUCUAGACGAAGUCAUGUGUGGGAUGGGCAGAACUGGAACAAACCACGCCUGGGAGCAGGAGGGAGUCCUGCCUGAUAUCCAGACGAUCGGCAAAGGUCUUUCUGGAGGGUACCAGCCGGUAUCCGCAAUUCUGGUAGGGCCCAAGAUUCACCAGGAAAUGCAAGACCGGAAUGUCACCUUCACGCAUGGCCACACGUACCAAGACCAUCCGCUCGGAUGCGCUGCGGCGCUGAAGGUACAGGAGAUCAUCACCGGUGAUAACUUGCUCACAAAUGUGCGGGAACAGGGACAAAACCUAGAGAAGCUCCUCAGGCAGAGAGUCGGCGACCAUCCACACGUGGGAGAUAUACGAGGCCGCGGGCUCUUCUGGGGCAUAGAAUUCGUGGAGAACAAGCAGACAAAGAUGCCCUUCGACCCGAGCUUACAGGUUGCGCAGAGAGUACACAAAGCUGCCAUGGCGUCACCGAGUGAUAUGGCGAUAUACUACGGGCAGGGCUGCGCAGGAGACCAGCAGGGCGACCACAUUAUGAUCAUGCCGCCUUACAAUGUCGACAGCAGGACGAUCGAGGUUAUCGUGGAGAAAGCCGUAGCUGCCAUUCACCAGGUUUUUGCCGCCGUCUCAGGCUGAAAGGCGAGGUUAGUGGGUUGUUGAGAAUUUAAGCGGGAAGAUGUUGGGGAGCGAGAAACCCAGAUAUUCAAGCACGCCGCCGUGUCAGCUGGAACGGGCAUCCUUCCUUUCCCGUUGUAGCAGGCUUCAGCGCGCGCUCUAUCAUGGACAGGAUGUUGACUCCAACCAAACGGCGGAUGACGUUAUUGAGAGCAUAUACAUACGCCUUCAGAAAUAGUAAAUAGUGGCAUGAUCUGAAGCCUUACAUAAUUCGAAAUCAUCACCAGACUUGUAAGAUUGGUAGACUCAAAAACGAUUACAGUCAAAGGCAUUCACAACU